AUGGAUAGUGAUGAGAUCUGUUGUUAUCUCGACUGCACCGACAAAUGCAAUUGGUUCGACCUUGCAACUAACCUUUUGGAUCAUUCACAGCAUGAGGAUCCGGGAGUUUUUGGAGAUAGAUUUGUUGAAGAGGAAGAUGAGAUCGACGAUGACGUGAAUGGCUUUCCCGCAGACCUACUGUCCCCAACUCGAAGACCUGGACAACCACGUCCUAUCACGAAUUACUUUUCGAUAGCCAAAAUUCUCCAACACAAGGAGGUCAGAUCAGUACCCCACCCACUAUGUUCUUUUAUCAUUGGGCGCAUGGCUCUUCAUCUGUCUUACAAUCCAUCCAUCAAGAAUGCCACUAUCGAUGAAGUUGCCAUCAUGUUCGGCCUACCAGACUUGCAGCCAGCUAUCGCUGAUUUUCUUCACUGUGAGGUGACUCAUGGUAAUCACAUCCACUCGAUAGGUGGUCCUAGAAGGGCCCUACACGACACUGAACUUCCAUUCAACAAUGUUCAAGUGUGGUUCAAAGUUCAAUUGCAGGAAACCAAUUUUCAUGAUCCCCAUAACAUUGACCCGCUCAAACGCUCAAUUGUACACCACCUAGCAACCCCUGGACUUUGGGUCGUUAUUCAGACCAACUCAGGGCACUCAUGGCCCGCCAGCAGCCUUGCAGGGCACUCCAUUGGCCAAAUUAGGCUUAUCAUUCGACCCAUUGGCCGAAGUGGGACACCAUGGGCAUGGGACGAUCAGUUCCUAACCUACAUCCAAUGUUUCGAUAUCUCUAGUGAACGUGAUCCAACCACUCAGCUCCAUACACUAAAAAGAUCAAAGCGCUUGAGUGGCUCACAGAUGGGUGAUGUCAUUCCAGUCUCUCAGCUUAGAGUGCCUGUUCUACUCCCACUUGCAAAUCAGUGGUACAAGUUGAUAAGGGGCAAAGGACCAUCGAGCGCAGUAACUUUCCAGGAGGUCCUUGAUCUGUUGGAAACACACCUUGAUUUGCUUCCGAAGGACAAGCCUUCCCCUGAACUCCUGUUUGUAAGGAAAGUGAUCGCAGCACUCCUGUGA